CAAAAAUCCUUUCUAAACCGAUUCUGUAAUAUAUUUUUGCGGACUCCAAACUUACUUUCUUUUUUUUCGAUAACAUGGCGCGUUAUAAUUUCAUGAGUGUCAUGGAGGACCUUGCCAUGGAGUUUACGGUGGGCAAGGAUCAGCACCAGCUUUUUAUCUAUGACUCGCGAAUGCUGUCCCUGGCAAUUCAGCAGCAGUUGGUCAAGAACAAUGCGGUGUUCAAGAACCUCCUAGUGAACCUCCACAGGACGGCUGCCUAUGUCGACAAUUUAAGCUUGGACAUGCCACUGAACUUCGACAUGUUCUUGCCCAUCCGACUGCCCCUUCCAGUGGCUCCCAGUUAUGAUGAGAAGACUCGUUGUGUGAGGUUUACCACGACCAACAAUCGGCACCCAUUCUUCUUUGGGAAUGCGGUGAAUUCCAAGUGCAUGAAUCUUCUGCUUCAAAGGGAACUCAAGGAGGCAGUAUCUAAAAUAAGGUGUGCGGCAUCUGCCUGCUCCGGCCGCGCUUACGACCUUAAAUAUUCGGUGCUGAUCUUCAAUCAGGUGCCCUUUGUCCACCAAGUGACGGCCAUGGAGCGCGGCAGCAAUGGGCAGAGAUUUAUCCGCUUUGAUUUUGUUCUGGCUUUGGAAUUUUAUGGCGAGGAGAUGACUCUGCCACCGUAUUUUGAUGCUCCUAUCGGUAAUCGAUGGAUUGCCUAUGGAAAGUUGAACGCCGAUGGCGAUCCCACUCCGGAGGAGUGGGCCAUACUGCUGCCUAAGUGGCAGGACUUGAGCCCAGGAGCUUGCCUUAUAGCCCUCAACAGCAUGAUAAUGUUGUUCCGGCUGCUUAAGGCCCAGCAGUGCUACUGCUACGCCGAUCCCGCCUCCGUCAAGUUUGCCUUCGUCUUAGCUUCAGAGGAGCGAGGAUUGGACUUCCAGCAUAUGAGCAUCGCAGAUUUUACUAUCACUACCCUCUUCCACCAACUGUUUGGCGAAAUGUAUGAUGCGGUGUCCACAAACACCAAGGGGGACAAGACCACCAAGGUCAGUCGUUUGGUGGCCCUUCGGCAGCAGCAGCUGCGUGCCCGUGGUAUAUACGCCAUGCUGGCGGAUGCGGCGCUUCGGAAUUCGAUCACUUACGAGUUUGUCAACGCCUACUUCUGGUACAUUCACAUCGCACCGCCACCGAAAUGCUUCUACAAAUCGCUCAUCGAAAUCCGAAACACCGAUACAGUUUUGAAGCGGAAAUGGAAUACCUCUUAAAGACCUUAAGCCUGCGAAGUUAAAUUGACCAAAAACGAUGGGUGGUGCUAGCUGGGGAAUUACCAACUUCCAAACGGGUGGAUAACAACCCUGAGGAGUGGCUUCCCUUGUUGAUUUUUUGAAAUUUGAGCACUGCUGUAAAUUGGUCGAGCAGUUUGUGGGAAUCCCCCAAUGUGCCCCGCCAUCGUCUUAGUGUCAAAUCUCGGUAAUUGUGCAACUUUAAUGCCAAAAAAAAAAAAGAAAACUAAAAACUGUCGGAGUAGAGCUCUCACAGAUACAAAACACACUCACACGCACAUACACAUUCAGCUCACAGGCAAUGUACAGGAAAACACAGACAGAGACAAAAGUUAAUAAAAGCCAACUAAAAACUAAAGCCGAGUUGGGCUACGUGUCCCUGUUUUGACUUGG